AUGGCGCCGCAGCGGCUUGUGUGCGUGACCGGAGGCGGCGGGUUCAUCGCCUCCUGGCUCGUCAAGCUGCUCCUCUCCCGCGGCUACGCCGUCCACGCCACCCUCCGCGACCCAAGUGAUCCAAAGAAUGCCCAUUUGAAGGAGCUGGAGAAGGCCCCAGAGAAUCUGCAUCUGUUCAAGGCCGACGUGCUAGACUACUACACGCUAACACCUGCAGUUGAGGGAUGUGAGGGGAUCUUCCAUCUCGCCACUCCGGUGCCUGAAGAUAAGGUUGUUGAUCCUGAGUCAGAAGUACUUGAUACUGCUUUGAAAGGUACCUUAAAUGUACUGAAGAUAUGCUCCGCUGCAAAGGUUCACAAACUUGUUGUGAUGUCCUCCAACGCUGCUGUGGAUUUUAACCUGAAUUGGCCUCAGGAUAUAAUGAAAGAUGAGAGUUGCUGGUCAGACAAGGAGUUCUGCAAGGAAAAUGGGGACUGGUAUGCCGUCACCAAGAUUACUGCAGAACAGAUAGCUUUGGAAUAUGUGGUUGAAAAUGGCCUGAAUGUUGUUACACUUUGCCCGCCUUUGGUUUUUGGCCCACUGUUGCAGCCUACGGUGAAUACCAGUAGCAAAUUCCUCAUAUAUGUUAUAAAAGGAGGUCCUGAUGUGAUGAACAACAGACUGUGGCACGUAGUAGACGUCCGUGACGUGGCGGAUGCUUUACUUCUGCUGUACGAGAAGAAAGAGUCGUCAGGGAGAUACAUCUGCUCGCCGAAUCACAUCUGCACAAAGGAUUUGGUGGCCUUGCUGAAGAAGAUGUACCCAGAGUACAGCUACGUAAAUAACAUCCUCGAUGUCGAUCAGAAAGCAUCGUUAACAUGUCAGAAGCUGCUGGACCUGGGCUGGGAACCAAGGAAACUGGAGGAGACGCUCUCGGACAGCGUUGAGUGCUAUGAAAAGGCAGGGCUUCUCCGGGGUGUGGACGGGCAUCCUUGCCGCCUUCCCCAUCUCUUCCGUCUGGCAUGUGAUCAGUGA